CUCGGCGGGGAUAUUUGAGGCACCCUCCGGCGCCGCCACCGCCACUCCGCGCUCGCCGCCGCGCCGGGCACAUGCGGUUCGCGGGGCCGCGGCGAGGAGCGCGCUGGGCCCGGGUGCGGCACCCCGCGGGGGAGGACGCGGCGGCGGCGGGGGGAAGGCGCGACCAUGUGCGCGGAGCUCCGCGGCAAGCUGCUGGCCCUGGCCCUGCUGCUCGCCAUCGCCCGGGCGGCGGCGGGCACUGAGGCUACGCACCCGCCGGAGGGGCCGCAGGACAGGACCCCACAGCAGAAGGGGCGCCUGUCUCUGCAAAACACAGCUGAAAUCCAGCACUGUCUGGUUAAUGCUGGCGAUGUGGGAUGUGGAGUGUUUGAAUGCUUUGAAAACAAUUCUUGCGAGAUCCGAGGCUUACAUGAGAUCUGCAUGACAUUCCUGCACAACGCUGGAAAAUUUGAUGCCCAGGGAAAAUCCUUCAUUAAAGACGCUCUGAAGUGUAAGGCUCAUGCCUUGAGGCAUAAAUUCAGCUGCAUCAGCCGUAAGUGCCCUGCCAUUAAAGAGAUGGUGUUCCAGUUACAGCGGGAGUGCUACCUGAAGCAUGACCUCUGCUCCGCUGCCAAGGAGAACGUCCAGGUCAUUGUGGAGAUGAUUCACUUCAAAGACCUGCUGCAGCAUGAGCCAUAUGUUGAUCUAGUGAACAUCCUGCUCACCUGUGGUGAUGAAGUGAAAAAGGCAAUAACAAGAAGCGUCCAGGUCCAGUGCGAACAGAACUGGGGAAGUCUCUGCUCCAUCCUGAGUUUCUGCACCUCUUCUGUGCACGGUGACACCAUCCUGGGUCCAGAGAAGAAGGCAGGUGAAGCCAGCAAAGCUGGUGCUGGCCGUGGGGACAUGCUGGCGCACUCCGACUCCGACCACAGAGAGACCUCACGAGCAUCCAAGGCAGAGAGAGGUACUAAGGGCCAUUUGAAUGCCCAUGCCCGGGUGAAAGCUGGGGGCCAUGGUCCCAAAGGGGUACAUGGGAUCAUGGACCGGGCAGACGAACUGUCCGACUUUUCUGACAUCCGGAGGUGAAAAAAGGCACCAAGUCCCCGUUUCCCCCAUCCUUCCCCUCCACUGGAAACCUCCUCCGUUGAGUCCCAUCUUCCCGUCUAUGGGCAUUCCAAAGCAUUUCCCAUUCAGAGGUCAAGCACAGGGCAUUGCAAGAUAUAUACGGACCUCGGCAACAGUGUAUAUAGUAGCAAAGGGAGAGCAGUGGCAAUGGGUUAUAGAUCCAGCAAACUCAACACUUGAGCAGCCACCAAGUGUGGCAAAAUGUCUCCAGAUAAAUUCAUUUUCCCUUUUUUAUGAAGUGGACAUCAGCUGAAAUUUAGGAUCUUGUUUGGGGGUUGUUGGGUUGUUUUGAGGAUUUUUCUUUUUGUUUUGUUUUGUUCUUUUUUUUUUUUUCUU